AUGCAAUCCGCCGCGGACCAGCGAAGCUCGCCGUCUCGCCGCCGUCAGCGCCCGGUCUCGUCAUCGUCCUCGUCCCCGCCGAAGCGCGCCAAACUCGUCCCCGCCACCACCACCGCCGCCGCCGCCGCCGACCACCACAACCACACCGCCGGCAUGGCGAGCGCCAAGUCGCGGGGCAAGAUGCCCGACGUGGUCGACCUCACCAAGCCGCCGUCGGCCUUCCAGCCGCACGCCGGCGCCAAGAAGCUCGUCAUCAAGAACAUGAUACCCCAGCGCGUGCGCGACAACAGAACCGAGACCUACUAUCAACAUAUGGAGGAGGACCUCGACAAGGGCUUGGAGGCCAUCUUUGCGGGACGCAGGCCUUCCCAGCCGCUGGAGAGGCUGUACCGCGGCGUUGAGGACGUUUGCCGCCGGGGCAACGCGGAGAGUGUCUACCGUUUGCUGAUGAGACGCGUCGAGAAGCACCUGCAGUCGGUGGUCCUGCCUCGGAUAGCAGAGGGCGCCGGUGCGUCAGACGUUGACAUACUAAGGAGCAUCCAGGUCGAGUGGAAGAGAUGGAACAGCCAAACCACUCUUACUCGAUCCACUUUCAGCUAUCUCGACAGGACAUAUCUACUGCGCGAACACCUUCCUUCAAUCAACGACAUGGCCAUCUCACAAUUCCGAAAAAUGCUUUUUUCUGCACGAUAUGGAAACCACAAAAUGGAAAGCGAUGUCAUUGGCGGAAUAUGCCGCUUGGUCGACUACGAUAGACGUGGCGAUGCCGCGAUGGACUCGGAACUUCUCAGAGAUUCCAUCAUGAUGCUCUACGUCCAAGGUGUUUAUACGAAAUAUUUCGAGCCGGUCAUGAUCAAGACUUCGAAGGAAUACUUUGCAGAGUUUGGAAGCUCGUGGAGCGCCGGCGGCCUGAAGGAGUACAUUGCCGCCUGCGAAAAGCUGCUAACGAGGGAAGCCGAUCGCUGCAUGGCGUAUAAUCUGGACAGCACUACGGAACGGCUUUUGAUGGAACUGGCACACCGAAUACUGAUCCACGACUACUCGGAAAAGCUGCUCAACGAGGGAAGCUUGGCGAAUCUCAUGGGCGACAAGGAUAUGAAGUCUAUGAAGGGCCUCUACGAUCUGCUCAAGCUCUCUGGUCUACAAAAGAAGCUGAAGAGUCCCUGGUCCGACCAUGUCCGAAAGACCGGUGCGGGCAUCAUCUCGGACAAGGAACGCGGCGACGACAUGGUCAUUCGACUUCUGGAGCUGCGCCGAUCUCUCGAUCUGAUGAUUCGCGACGCCUUUGGCAAAGACGAGGAUUUCUUAUGGGGAAUGCGUGAGGCAUUUGGAGGCUUCAUGAAUGAUCGCACUGUCUCUGCUUGUUGGGAUACCGGCACGUCCAAGAUUGGCGAGAUGACGGCAAAGCACAUCGACAUGCUUCUGCGCGGUGGCAUCAAGACCCUGCCUGCAUCCCUACAGUCCGAUAUCCAAGACCGAGCUGCUGCAGAGAGAGCAGGUCAGGCGAGCACGGCCGACGAAGAUGCCGAGCUUGAUAGGCAGCUGGACAACUCGCUCGAAUUGUUCCGCUUCAUUGAAGGGAAAGACGCCUUCGAGGCGUUUUACAAAAAGGACCUGGCGAGAAGAUUGCUCAUGGGACGCAGCGCCAGCCAGGAUGCCGAACGCAGCAUGCUGACGAAACUUCGCGGGGAAUGUGGUUCAAAUUUCACCCAUAACCUGGAGCAGAUGUUCAAGGACCAGGAGCUCGCCAAGGAAGAACUGGAGGGGUACAAGCAGCACCGGCAAAGCUUGUCCGAGAGCAAGCCAUCCGUGGAUCUGCACGUCAUGGUCUUAUCAGCAGCUGCCUGGCCGACGUAUCCCGACGUGCGGCUGAACCUGCCUGACAAUGUCGCCACCGAGAUUGAGCGGUUCGACAAGCACUACAAGGGCAAGCAUACUGGACGCGUGUUGACGUGGAAGCACUCCCUGGCCCACUGCUCGGUCAAGGCCAUCUUCCCCAAAGGCUCCAAGGAGCUCUUGGUGUCUGCGUUCCAGGCCGUCGUACUGCUCAUGUUCAACGGCGUCAACGGGCCCCUCUCGUACGAGCAGCUGUCGACGGGCACGGGGCUGACGGGCGGCGACCUCGAGCGCACGCUGCAGUCGCUGGCGUGCGGCAAGACGCGCGUUCUUGCCAAGCACCCCAAGGGCCGGGACGUCAAGAAGACGGACACGUUUACAUUCAACGCGGCGUUUUCGGACCCCAAGUACCGGGUCAAGAUCAACCAGAUCCAGCUCAGAGAGACCAAGGAGGAGAACAAGGCGACAAACGAGCGCAUCGCGCAGGAUCGACGAUUCGAGACGCAGGCGGCGAUUGUGAGGAUCAUGAAGAGCCGCAAGACGAUGGGUCACGCUGAGCUGGUGGCCGAGGUGAUCAACCUGACUAAGAAGAGAGGUAGCGUGGAGCCGGCUUCCAUCAAGAAGGAGAUUGAAAGUCUGAUUGAAAAGGACUACAUAGAGCGUGAAGGGAACGCGUAUACGUACAUGGCGUGA